AGAAAACCCCGUAGUUAUUCCUUCACUGGGCUGUUUUAGAUUGAUUUUAAUUAUAUUUUGAUUGCAAACAGUGGCUCAGGUUCGUCCAUUGUAAAGUUUAAAGGGCGUUGAGAGUAUCCUAAGAUUUUCUGGAUUCCUUGAAAAGAUAACUGCAAAAAGAAGAUCCAUGAAAUUGGGUUCAUAAUCUAUUUUGGGAAUCCUCAAUCUUUCUAAAUCAUACCCUUUUGUGUAUGCUUUUUUUUCUUUUUCUUUUCAUAGAUUUCGGGCUGGGAUUUUUAAGGUUUAGGGUUUUAGGUGUUUUGUGUUCUAAUCGUAACGAUAUUACGAUGAGGGGGAGAUUGGCUAAUUGAUGGCGCAUUUUGAGUCUAUCCUGAGUGCCUCUCAAUUACUUCAAAAACAAUAAUGUAAAUGCAAAAUCCUUUGAAUUGGAGAUACAUAAUUUCAUUGAGAAUUUAUAACAAUUUUAUGGGGGGUUAUGUUUACAAUGAUACAUGCUAGAGUAUUUUGAUUCCUUCAUAAUGCCUUUUUGUUGAUAUGUUUUGGAUUAUACAAGAGCUUCGCUUCUUUUAUCUGCUCUUGAGUAAUCAUGGUUCUCAUUGUGUUAGAUUUGAAGGAAAAAAAAAUCUAUUUUGUUUGAUUAGAAUUAAGAUCAAAGCAUGUUUAAGUUUUCUUUAUAAUCACUAAACGACCAACGAUCCGCUCGGUAUUAGUUUUUUUCCUCUUGUACUUGUGAUCCUUCUUAUACCCGAUUCUUGUGAACAGUUGAAUUUGACAUGCAACAACUUUUAUUUAAGCUUAAUGACAUUCAUUUUCUAGUCAUUUUAUAUCUUCUUCAGUGUUGACAUGAAUUGUCGUCAUUAAGAUGUUGACGGGUUCAUGAGAAUCUCUGGCAUCACAUAUUUGUCUUUCCAUUGCGUCUGUUAGCCAUAUCUUUUUGUGCUUUUGCAGCUUGUGACCUUAUUUAAAUUGUUGGCAUUUAUCUGCACCCUUCGUCUUUCUAUUACAUGAACUGGGAAUGGAGGUUUAAGAGCUUGUUUCCAUUCUAUGGGCAUGCUUAAAAAACCACAGCUUUCAUUCCUUGAGGCGGCAACAAUGGAAGAUACCAUUGCUGAUGUUGAUGAAGAGAUGAUGGAUUCUGGGUCCGAAAGUGAGGAUGAAGAGGUAGCUCUUACGGAGCCUUCAAAAACUGCCAUCCACAACAAAGAAGGCCUUCUCGAGAAACUAGAAGAUAUAGCCUGGCCAGAGAAUGCUGAUUGGAUCCAUAAACUUAGCAUCAACUAUGAUUUGCCUGCAGAGAUUGACGUGAACGAUGACUUGGCACGUGAGAUGGCCUUUUACACCCAAGCUUUAGAUGCCACUCGACAAGCGUUUGAGAAGUUGCAAGCAAUGGGACUGCCAUUUCUUAGGCCACCAGAUUACUAUGCUGAGAUGGUCAAGUCAGAUUCUCACAUGUUAAAGAUCAAAGGAAAACUUUUAGUGGAGAAGAAGAAGAUUGAGGAGGCGGAAGAGAGGAAGAAGGCAAGAGAGUCCAAAAAGAUUGCUAAGGAGGUCCAAGCUCAGAAGAACAAAGAGAGGGUGAAGCGGAAGAAAGAGGACAUUGAGUCUGUUAAGAAGUGGAGGAAGCAGAGACAACAGAGUGGGUUUGCUAAAGGAAAAGGCGAGGAAAUGGAUUUUGAUUUGGAUGGUGAGAAUAAGUUUGGAUCGAAGAAGAGGAGGCCAGGAGCUGCUCCUGGAGAUAGGUCUGGCGGAGUUCGUAGACAUGGGAAUAACAAGAAGAGGGAGAAGAGGGAGUCUAAGUUUGGUCAUGGCGGUCGAAAGGGGAUGAAGAAGCAAAAUACUGCUGAUACUACUAAUGAUUUGAGGGGUUUUAACAAAGGUGAGUUCCCAGGGAAUAAUAAGAGAAGAAAGGGGUGACUUUUGUUUCGGUAAAUGAAGUUUUGGCUGUGGUCUUGCUUUCAAUCUUGUUAUUGCACCUUGUUGUUUUUUGCUUAUGGGAAUUUCAUUUGAAGCUCUUGCUGUUGUACGUUUUGUUUCGGUAAUGAAGUUUAUCUGCUCAAUCCUUUGUAUUUACUGUGCUCUGAGCAAAGUUGAGUAACCUGAAGUUUUUGCUUA